CACUUUGGUCAAACAGUAUUUGCGCUGUGUAAUUACCCUUCUCUACUUACCAACGGUAUCUUGAGAUUAGAACAGAUGGAAGACACUCCACUGGAGGACUUUUCUGCUGAGUAUUACAACAUGUAUGUGUUUAUUCUCUCGCCAAUUGACGUAUUUUGCAGGGAGCAACGAGAACACCAUAUUGGCAAGGGAGCCGCCGGUGUGCGAGGCGAUGACAUGAAAAUGCUGAAGUCUGCAGUCCUUGAUUGGAUUGUCCCACAAGAAGGAGCUAUCCAGCCUCCUUUGCACAGAAACUUGAAGAUUGACUGUGGAUUCAAUCAUGACCUUACUGGAUUCCUACUUUGUCCUGUUGGAUUAGAUUGGAACGACUCACACCCUGACAGCUCAUUUUGCCCUUCUUUGUCAAUAGGACUAAAGAAAAUCUACGAAGUUACCUACGACUCUGAAGAUCCGUGGAACGGUCUCCUUAGGAGCCGUUUACUGGUAUGUGCAUAUAAGCUCAUUUUCACGUCUCCAAGCUCUGUCGAGAAGGAGCCGAAAGCCACACAAUCUAGCAAUGCUCGCCUCCAUGGCAUGAACUCGGUCACCGCCACUUCUAUUGCAUAUAUUGCGACUCAGGUCCGAUUUGCCUUGAGCUCUUCCUCUGUAUUCUUGAGAACCAAUACGACCACAGAUUCAGAGACAUUUUAUCAUAGCCUUCUCGACCUCCUUGAAGACCCUGAUGAAUCUAAGGAAGUUGACAAAUUACUAAUGUGGUGGAAUUGCCAGGUAUUUCCUACUUCUUCUGCUGCUAAAAAAUGUAUCAGCGCCAAUAGUGCACUAUCGAAGAUUCAUCAAAAGCACCUUGCUUUGAAACAACUUUCAGGUUUGAACAUAGAGUCUUUGUAG